UUUCACAAGAAUGGACGAGGAAAAUUCUGAAACGCCACAAUUAGAUAAUACCGUACGUAGUCGCAUACGAAGAUUUUUUUCCGCUAAACGUUUGUACGAAUGUUUGCAACCGUUACUCUUUCUCACCUAUUGGCAUGGACUAACGCCUUUCUAUAUUAAAAGUAAUUCCAAAGGUGUGAAAUAUUUAAAACAUUCCAUUUGGGGUUACAUCAAUGUCGGUGUCCAUAUAGUGAUCUAUAGUGUUUGUUAUAUUUUAACCUUAAUGAAUGAUUGUGAAACGGUAGCGGGAUAUUUUUUUCGUUCACGCAUUACACAUUUCGGUGAUUUUCUACAGAUUCUAAGUGGUUUCAUUGGUGUGACUGUGAUCUAUCUAACAGCCAUAAUACCCAAACAUUAUGUUCAACGUAGUUUGGAAAUUAUGCAAACUAUGGACGAUCAAUUGCAAGGUGUCGGCAUUAAGAUAAUGUACAGCAAGGUUUUACGUUUCAGUUAUAUUUAUAUUUUAUGCAUGGUAUCGGCAAAUUUGGGUUAUACGAUUUUUAGCUUUCAACUGUUGAAAUCAGCCAAUGAGACGCCAUCAGCUUCGUUGCAUGUAACCUUUGUGCUGCAGCAUACAGUGGUGUUGUUUGCCUUGGCCAUGUAUUCUUGUUUUACGAAAAUGAUUGAAAUGCGCUACAAUAUGAUGCACAGGGUUCUUAAAAAUCUUUGUCAUCAAUGGGAUACACGCAGCAUUAAAACGAUAACACACAAACAACGUUCUCUACAGUGUCUCGAUUCAUUUUCCAUGUACACUAUUGUUUCGAAAAAUCCUGCAGAAAUUAUACAAGAAUCUAUGGAAAUACAUCAACUGAUAUGUGAAGCAGCCUCUACAGCUAAUAAAUAUUUCACUUAUCAAUUAUUAACUAUAAUUUCGAUAGCAUUUUUAAUCAUAGUAUUCGAUGCCUACUAUGUGUUGGAAACGUUAUUGGGUAAAUCGAAAAGAGAAAGUAAAUUUAAGACAGUGGAAUUUGUAACAUUCUUUUCGUGUCAAAUGAUUUUAUAUUUGAUAGCGAUCAUAUCAAUUGUGGAGGGUAGUAAUAGGGCUAUUAAGAAGAGCGAAAAAACUGGAGGCAUUGUACAUGCUUUAUUGAAUAAAGCCAAAACUGCUGAUGUUAAGGAAAAACUUCAACAGUUUUCUAUGCAAUUAAUGCAUUUGAAAAUUAACUUCACUGCAGCAGGCUUAUUUAAUAUUGAUCGUACUUUAUAUUUUACGAUAAGUGGUGCUUUGACUACAUAUUUGAUUAUUUUACUACAAUUCACCUCAAACUCUCCGCCGGUAACACAAAAUGGCUGUGAUCCAGCUCUGGCUGUGUCACUAAAUCAAACGGAAACUUAAAAAAAAUGCUUUUAAACAUUGUUUUUUGUAAAUGUAUUUUUUAAUUAAACGCUUAUUAGAAAGUAAAAAGUCUGCACAAAUUUCAAAUUGAAACUUUUUCAAAUAUAAUUUAAAAUGGGUAAAUUGUCUAUAUAUCUAACAAAAAAGCUUAAUUCAUAUUACUUAAACCAUAAUAAGUUUUGUAAUAUCAUUGCGAUUAUACGAGCAAAAUUAUAUUCAAACACAAAAUUUUAUUUUAUUAAAUUUUAAUAGAUAUUUAAUCACAUCAUUCCACAUAUUUCUGAUAAAAUUUACGUAUCUAACUUUUUUUAAAAUUGAAACCGUAAU